GCUGCCAUGUGAUUGCGGGGUAUCCGUGGUCCAAAAUCAACCAACGAGCACCAACCGUCCUGAUCCAAGCUAUAUAACAAGCACGCUUCGACAUCACUAGCACAUGCACUUUUUGCAGCAAAAAUGAUACCAAAACUUGGAUAUAAGAUUUAUCUGCGGAUCAACACCUUGUUGCUAUGGUGGUGGGAAGUCGACAAUCAGCUAGACAAUCUCGCCCGCACACUUCUAACCAUUUUAAUUCCGACACUCCUACUUCUAUGGUACAAAUGGACAGUUUCGUAUUCCAGAAAGCGCAUGCCACCCUUCCCACCAGGUCCCUACGGCUUACCUGUUGUAGGGUAUCUCCCGUUUCUCGGCUCCAACUUGCAUGAAAUAUUCACGGAGAUGGCUGAUCGAUAUGGCCCCAUCUUCAGUCUCCUUCUCGGAAGAAAGCUUCAUGUUGUGGUCAACUCCAUGGACCUAGUAAAGGCCGUGACUCGUGAUCUGGACCAAACCAUGGCGAACCGCUGUCCUCCAUUAACAGCACUAACCAUGAGUUAUGGUGGGAACGAUAUUAUAUGGUCCAACAGCAACACACACUGGCGUAACAUGCGCAAGAUUUUAGCAACCCAAGUUAUGAGCGAUACAAAUCUCAAAGCUUGUGAGAGUUUCCGAACAUAUGAAGUGAGAAGGCUGAUGAAAGAAGUUUCCACAAAUUAUCUGGUGAUGGGAACGAUUCUAGCUCUAUUGGAGAUGGCUUCCGAGAAGUUGAGUUCAAGAUUGUGGAGUUAAUGGUAGCUUCAAACAUCUCUGAUUUUCUACCUAAGCUAUCACGAUUCGAUCUACAAGGAAGGCAGCGAGAAAUGCAGAAGCAACUGGAGUAUGUUGAUCGUAUAUUCGAGAACAUUAUCCAAGGAAGAAUCGAAGCGAACUCCAGAAAAAAUGAAGGAGAAGCUGAGGAAGAUCGAAGGAAGGAUUUCGUGCAAGUAUUACUGGAGCUUAAAGAAGAGAAAGAUGCUGCAAUAUCAUUAGACAUCACUAAAAUAAAGGCCCUACUAAUGGACAUAGUGCUUGCGGCUACAGACACAACAUCGACAAUGGUAGAAUGGGUGAUGACAGAGAUUUUGAAUAAUCCAGGUGUAAUGAGAAAGGUGCAGGAUGAAUUAACGGGUGUUAUUGGCAUGAACGUUGUCGAAGAAUCUCAUCUGCCCAAAUUAACAUAUUUGGAUGCAGUCAUCAAGGAGACAAUGAGGGUACACACUCCAGCUCCUCUCCUAGUCCAGAGAUGCCCAGAUGAAUCCUGCACUGUUGGUGGAUACACCAUUCCAAAGGGUACUAUCGUCUAUAUUAAUGUUUGGGCAAUCCAUCAUGAUCCUAAGAACUGGACCGAUCCAUUGGAGUUCAAGCCUGAGAGGUUCUUGAUCGACAAAUGGGACUACCAUGGAAAUAAUUUCAAGUUUUUGCCAUUUGGAUCAGGGAGAAGAAUAUGUCCAGGAAUCCCCCUUGGGGAGAAGAUGUUGAUGUAUAUAUUAGCAUCACUGUUGCACUCGUUUGAUUGGAGCUUGCCUGAAGAUGAAGAGUUUGAGCUUUCUGACGAAUUUGGAUCGGUGACUAAGAAAAGGAAACCACUAAUAGCUAUACCCUCUCAAAGACUAUCUGAUGCAACCCUCUACUUUUGAUAGAGGAUUAUCGCUAAAUAGUUAAUGUGUACUACUGUUACAAUAAAAAGAAGGUAAGUUGAGUGUCCAGAAAGGUGAAAUCCAUUACCAUCCAAUCUUCUGAUUUCAGCAUUUAUUGUAAUUCGAUGUGGUAAUAAUAUUUAUGGGAAUUUUGUGUAUUUUUGCAUAUCACUUUCUGUUCAUCAUAUGACAAAUCACCUUUGGAAAGAAUGUGAAGGGAACUAAAUAUUCUUCUCUCGUGUAUUUUUGGUCAUAUAUAUCGUAGAUCAAAUUGAUCUCCUCCAAAACUAGUGGGAUCAUUCUUUG